AUCUCCUCUGCAGCAUCCUCAAUCUGCAUUCUUCCAUCGUGCGUAUGCUCCAGCGAGGCCGCCUCGGCUUUAACUUGCGAGAAUCAACAUGUCCGAACUCUGGAUGGCUUUCCUGUCUCUGGGCGUGUCGGCCUUGUUCGGUAAGCGCAGAAACGCACACAUGAAGCUUGGCUGAGUGACCACAGCAGCGCAGCGCACCAAAAGAUUGGCGAAAUUUGAUGGCUGCGCUGUGUGUGUGUGUGUGUGUGUGUGUGUGACGCAGCCGGGUUCUCGAAAGGACUUGUUGGCAUCGGCGAGGGCGUCAUGUUCCAUGCCAUGUAGGAGCUGCUGAAUAUGGACAAUCUCACGCGCACACUCGCUGGCUGCUUUCAUUCAUGAUGCCUGUUAUGGAUUGACUUCCCAUUCUCUUCCUUCUCCUUACACACAGCUUCGCCACGAUCACCCUGUUCUGGCCUCAAAUGGGGACCUCAAGCACCAUACAGGUGAACCGUCGGACGACAGAAAGAGCCUCCUCACUCUCUCUUCCUCCCACUGUGUGAGUCGUGUGUGUGGUGCUCUGCGGUCGAUUCAUUCAUUCAGUUGCGUGUGGGUGCCCUGGGUUUCAGCACCUGGUUCAGCAACACGAUGGUGGUAGGCUUCGAGUGGCAGGCCUGCCGGCGGUACUGGAAGGCGGGCCUCGUCUUCGGCAUCGGCUGCAUAACCAACAUCCUCGGCGCCUGGCUCCUCACCUCACUCCCCACAGACCUCAUCUCUACCGCACUCGGAUGGCUCUUUGUCAUGUUCGCUCUGUGGUGCGCCACCCAGGACGUCAAACGACACCUUAGGCGCGACACCGGGUUGGGCGAGAAUGAGGCCACCAACAGGGAGGGCAAGGGAUCGGGAGAGGGCGAGGGAGAGGGAGAGGGAGACGAAGCGGCCAGCACUGUUCCGCCCGCUGUGUAUGGCAACAAGGAAGACAGCAGUGGAGAGCCGUCCGGGUCAGCCGGGAGGGACGGGCAGCAUCAGCAGGAGCAGCGGCAGUCGAGCAAUGGUGGCGGUGAGGCGCCAAUCACCCUGUCGCGAUGCUUACUCCUGGAGGUCUUCGGAGCAGGUCAGUGAGCCCUGGCCACCCAGCCAGCCACCCACCCAAUCAUGCACUCCUGUCCACACGGGUCCAUCUGAUAUGCAUGUGCUGUGUGCUGCAUCCCUCACAUAGGUGCUGUGACGGGCAUCUGUCUGGGCAGCGUCGGUGUGGGUGCCCCCGCCCUGGUCUACUUCACCCUUCGCCGCUGGCCCAAGUCCUUCAUGCGUGCCGUCUUCUGCAUGGCGUGCAGCAUGGAACUGCUCGUCAGAAACGCUACAUACGCCGUCAUCGGCAUGCACCAGCUCGACUACUGGCCGCAGUAUCUGGUGGUCCUCGGGGCACUCCUAUCGGCCGUCUUCAUUGGGGGCGCACUCACACACGUCGUCAACACAGAAAUGUGUGUAGCCAAGGAAGGGGCGCGGAAAGACUUCGUGAGUGACGGUUGCGUGUGUCUGUGUGUCAGGUGCAAUCGGUUUCUGAAUGCGAUCCUGUGGCUGUCGUCUCUCCAGCUGCUCGGCCUUUACGAAGGCGACACGCACAGGUAUGCAAUCACACAUCCAACAAUGAGCAGUGAGAGGAGUCCAUACAGCCCUCUGCGCCCGUGUGUGUGUGUGUGUGUGUGUAUGUCAACCACCAGCCUGGCAGCUCUAGUCGGCACGGCCGUGUGGUGCAUGGGUGUGGGCCUGUGGGUGCUGUCGAUGAAGACCUCACUCUGCCACUUCAUCGUCCGCAGCAGCAAGCCGUCGUCGUCGAGCAUUCACGACACCCUCGACGAGUCAGACGGCAUCUCCACCGGCCCAGAGCCGGCGCUCUUCUCCCCUCUGCACACGCCCCGCCACACCGCUGUGCCGCCGCCAUCGGCGUCACAGCAGCACCCGGCAGAUGUGCGGCUGGACAUCGGCACCAACAGCAACCCCGAAAAGACCAACGACAUGACAUUGCUGCUGAGGCGCGCUCGCAGAGUGCAGCCGGCACCGCUGACCCCGUCUCUGCGGCCGUAUUUGCCGAGUACUGGUGGUGUGAACAGCAGUAACAAAACUGUUCAGGGGUCCUUGGUUCGUCUGCGCAGCCCUUCUGAUGAAGGUGAGGACGACGCGCAGCACCGGGGGGAGUGGGUUGGGGAGGGGUCGGGGCUCGGCAUUGCAGACAAGACGGAGAUGCUCGAGCGCAUCGACAGCCCAAGGUGACGCGCGUGAAGGGAGGGAAGCCUCAAGUAUGUGUUGUGUAUGUGCCAUCCUCUGUGUGUGGAUGCAGCCGCGAGUCGACGUCACAUGACAGCCAUGCGAGCGAAGAGGGGGCGCCGGGGGAGGCCGCCACGGCCUGAUCGACCGGAGAGAGAACCUGGGGCUUUUUUCUGUCACUUUUUGUGUGUGCUUUGUUGUGCUGUCCGCAAACUUGUUGGUCUUUUGUAAAAAGGGAAGGGGGGCCGGGCCUGGUGUCCUGUCCUGUCGACGAUUGGUUGAUUUGAUGAUCGAGCUCACGCCACGCACUCGUUGGUGUCUUGUAAAAUGGGG